GCCCGGGCGGCGCCAGCUGGGAGUCGACCUGCCGCUUGAGUCGGGGCCUCGCGGAGUUGCAAGCAGCAGCAGCAGCAAGGCACGCAGCCAUGAUCGUGGCCCCCGGAACCGUGGUCGUCUCGGACUGGCACAAGACCCAGGAGGGCAAGGAGCACUUCGCCACUCUCCUGCGGCGGAACAAGCGCAAAUCCUUCGGGCUGGUUGAGAGGCCGGUGCUGCCCCCGCAAGCGGCAGCCGACGUGGUGAGCUACAAGAUCUUCGUGUCGGGGAAGAGCGGCGUGGGGAAGACGGCCCUGGUGGCCAAGCUGGCGGGACUGGAGGUGCCGUGGGUGCAUCACGAGACAACAGGGAUCCAGACGACAACUGUGUAUUGGCCAGCGAGGCUUCGAGAGAGUGGCAGGGCCCUCUUCUUCAAGUUCUCCUUCUGGGACUGCGGAGAAGCCGUCCUCAAGAAGUUUGAUCACAUUCUGCCGGCCUGCACGGAGAAAGUGGAUGGCUUCCUCCUCCUGUUCUCCUUCACGGACCGCGCGUCCUUCGAGGGCCUGCCGAAUCUAAUCUCUCGCGUCACGGACGGAGCCAAGAACGCCGUCAGAAUGGUGAUUGGCACCAAGUUUGACCAGUUUGCCCACACAGAUGUGACGGAGCACGACGUGGCGGCUUUCCGCCACGCCUGGAGCUUGCCCGUUCUGCGGGCGAAGAGUGUCAAUGCGCCACGGAUGAGCGAUGGACAGAGCCUGGAUGGCCGUGCUGGACUGUCCGACAUCGCCCACCUCCUGAACGGGCUGGCAGAGCAUCUCUGGCGGCAGGAUCAGGUGGUGGCCGGGCUCGUCCCUCCGCCGGGGAUUGCUGGGCCCCCGGAAGAGCCGGCCCCCUGCUGAAAGGAUGGCACACGCAUGCCCACACCCCAGCAGUGUCCUGUUUUCGGAGGAGCCCUUGGCUGGCACCGGAGGCCUUGAAAUCGAAGCUUUCGCCAUGAUGCUUGUGCACAGAGGCCGCUAGGCCGAAGCCAGUGUUGCCAUGGUCAAAAGCCCAGCGAGGGCCAAACUGGGUUGAGGUUGAGGGGCCGUUUGAGUGGAAGGGGAGAGCCUCGCCUCACGCCCACGAAACCCACCACGUCCCUUGCAUUUGCAUGAAUUGAUCUGGGGUUGCCUUGUCUAGAAUUCUUGCUGUUGUGUGGAUUAGAAUUGGAGCUUGGUUUGACAGAGGGUGUGAGAAAAGCACCCUCUGGCCACAAGUUAAAAGUGCGCCCAAGCGAGGAUGACGCCCUGCCUGGAGGACGUGUGGGCGGAUCGUGCCCACCGCAAGAGGGUGGUUUGUACCACCCUCGCGUUGUCUCCGUACGUGUCCCGUGCGCCUCUGUGUCCCACACCAGCCGCUUUAAUAAAGGCCUUGAAC